CGCGCUGGAGACGCCGCGGGGCAUGGUGAGCCCGGAGCGCCCGCUCCCCGCGGGGACCCGGCCGGCGGCCGCCGCGCUGCUCCUGCUGCUGCUCCUGCUGCUGCAGCUGCGGGGCGCCGGGGCGCAGAAAGGUGAUGGUUGUGGACACACUGUUCUGGGCCCGGAAAGUGGAACUCUUACUUCAAUAAACUACCCACAGACGUAUCCCAACAGCACGGUGUGUGAGUGGGAGAUUCGUGUAAAAUCCGGACAGAGAGUGCAGCUCAAAUUUGGUGAUUUUGAUAUUGAAGAUUCAGAUGCUUGCCAUUUUAAUUACUUGCGAGUUUACAAUGGAAUUGGACCCACCAGGACAGAGAUAGGUAAAUACUGUGGUCUGGGCUUUCAGAUGGACAGUUCAAUUGAGUCAAAAAGUAAUGAAGUCACAGUACAGUUCAUGAGCGGGACACACCUUUCUGGGCGUGGAUUUCUUGCCUCAUAUUCAACCACUGACAAAUCAGACCUAAUAACCUGUUUAGACAAUGCAAGUCACUUUUCUGAACCAGAAUUCAAUAAGUAUUGUCCAGCUGGAUGUGUGAUUCCUUUUGCUGAUAUUUCUGGCACUAUUCCUCAUGGAUAUAGCGAUUCCUCGUCACUUUGCAUGGCUGGUGUGCAUGCAGGAGUUGUGUCCAAUAUUCUGGGUGGCCAAAUCAAUGUUGUAAUCAGCAAAGGCAUUCCAUAUUAUGAAAGCUCUUUGGCUAACAAUGUCACCUCAAAAGUAGGACUAUUAUCUGCAAGUCUCUUCACGUUUAAGACUAGUGGUUGCUAUGGGACACUGGGAAUGGAAUCUGGAGUAAUCCCUGAUUCUCAGAUUACUGCAUCAUCAAGUCUAGAGUGGCCUGACCAAACAGGCCAGGCACACAUCUGGACUCCUGAAAGAGCCAGAUUGAAAAGGCCUGGACCUCCUUGGGCUGCUUUUACCACUGAUGUGUAUCAGUGGUUACAAAUAGAUCUGAAUAAAGAAAAGAGAAUAACAGGCAUUAUAACUACUGGAUCCACCAUAGCAGAGUACUACUAUUACAUCUCUGCCUACCGAAUUCUAUACAGUGAUGAUGCACAGAAAUGGACAGUAUACAGAGAACCUGGUGUUGAUCAGGAUAAGAUAUUUCAAGGAAACACUGAGUAUUACCAGGAAGUUCGCAAUAACUUCAUUCCACCUAUUAUUGCACGUUUUGUUAGGGUUAACCCGUUAAAAUGGCAUCAGAAAAUUGCAAUGAAAGUGGAACUGCUAGGAUGUCAGUUUAGUAUAGGUCGGGCUCCAAAACUUACCAUGCCGCCGCCGCCGCCACCACCACAAAGUAACAACGACUUCUCCCUGCAGACUGAUAAAACAACCUCCACUCCUGAGAUCAAAAACACCACUGUGACUCCAACUGUAACCAAAGAUGUGGCACUGGCAGCAGUCCUAGUUCCAGUAUUGGUGAUGGUCUUCACUACUCUCAUUCUGAUCUUAGUGUGUGCAUGGCACUGGAGAAACCGAAAGAAAAAAGCUGAAGGAACAUAUGACUUACCUUACUGGGAUCGCGCAGGGUGGUGGAAAGGCAUGAAGCAGUUUCUUCCUGCCAAGUCAGCAGAACAUGAAGAAACCCCUGUUCGCUAUAGCAACAGUGAAGUUAGUCACCUGAGACCAAGAGAAGUCCCGACUAUCUUACAGACUGAGUCUGCAGAGUAUGCUCAACCACUGGUAGGGGGAAUCGUUGGCACACUUCAUCAGAGAUCAACCUUUAAACCAGAAGAGGAAAAAGAAGCAAGCUAUGCUGAUGUGGAUCCUUACAACUCACCUGUACAAGAAGUUUAUCAUGCUUACGCUGAACCAUUGCCUGUCACUGGACCAGAAUAUGCAACCCCAAUAAUCAUGGACAUGUCAGGUCAUUCCACCGCACCUCUUGGUGUCUCUUCUAUUUCUACUUUCAAGGCUACAGGGAACCAGGCCCCUCCCAUAGUGGGAACUUGCAAUAAACUCUUAGCUAGGACAGAUAGCUCAUCAUCUGCACAUGCACUGUAUGAUACACCAAAGGGGAUGCCUGGACCGGGUUCCUCAGUUGAAUUGGUGUACCAGGUACCACAGAGCAUGCCACAUUUCACAGGAAGUUGAGGAGAACUGAGGUAAGUUAUGAAUGAGCUAGGGGUGGCAAAUGUGAAUUCUUAACACAAAAUUCUUUGAAGGUGACUAUAUUAAAAUGUCACUUUUGAAUCACAUUGAAUUUUUUUUGUAUUGUAAGUUGCAGUAACAUGGAGUUGAACAAAAAUGUGAUGUGAUAUCAGAGGUCUAGGAAACUAACAAUCCUGCCAUUUCUUUGAGGGUAUAUAAAUAUGAUUUAUUUGUUGCUGUUCAGAAACCAUGGACACCCAGUUUACUACUGUACAUGAGAGAGAGGAGUUCCCUAAGAUGAACUUCAGCAAUUGAUAGUCACGCUGCAUGGAGAGGAAUGAUACAUUGCUAUAGCCUGAGAGCCAAUAAUUUAGACAUUGCUGAAGGUACUGUUCCUGAAAUACCAAGCUUUAACAUUUCUGAAAUCCACGUAUAAGAGAUGCAGCUGAGGGAUUGUACCCAACAGACUGCUCCUGCUGUAACUGAACUCUAGGACAAACUCCCACUGACUUCAUCGGAAGCAGGAUCAAGCUUGAAUGAGUACCAGUGUUCCACCUUUUCUUUGUGGGAUCGGCAAUCCAGAGUUGCUGGAAAUCUGUAAGGCGAGCUACUUUGGAGGAAACUAUUUUUCUACUGUUCUUAGCUUCCUUUAAAAAAACUAAACCCUAACAUCUGUUAGCUUUGUAAUGUAAGUUACCUUUGCAACAUCUUCUCAAGUCUCGUGGACUUUAAGGUCAGAAGGGACCAUCAAGAUCACCUAGUCUGACCUCCUGCACAUUGCAGGCCACAGAACCUCACCCCUCUCUUUUCUAGGGAUAAUUUCUCUGUACUAAUUCAUUGUGUGGUCAGACUCUUUUCUAAACAGAGACUACAGUGUGAUCAGUGUCCUUAACAAUUGUUACUUGGGAAUUUAUCCCUAGUAAGUGAGACUACUGAAUUAUCCUAAUUUGAAUCCUCUGAGGUUCCCAAUUACCUCUGCAAUGAGGCUGAAAACUUGGUCAUUCUUUGAGGAAAUUGCAGGUCUAAAAGAGUGACUCAUUUUUUUUUUUAAAAGAACUUGUACUGGUUUAAAUCAGUAGGCAAGUACUGCUGAGAGCUUUUAAGAUUAAGGGAUAGGUUUUCAAGCUUGUGCACAAAAAUGGCCAGCGUAAUCACAUGAAUAAAAUGAUGACUGCAUGAAAGUUGGAGUUUGUGCAUAGACAUAAGUUUAUUUACACAAACACUACACUUCAGGGUAGUUGCGG